UAAGGGCAUUAAUGAUGUUUUUAAAAAAACAUUGCGGUAAUUCAUAGAAUUUAAUCUGAGUCAUGCAGACUAUCCUUGUCACACUCCAGUACAGUAGGUGGCGGUAUGCACCUUUUCAGUUGGUUUGCAACCCGCCAGUAAACCCACGAAAGAAGAAGAAGAAGCGAGAGACCAUCGGGACAGUAGACGGGACCUCAUCUAAAAUAUGCCAGAUAUUUGGGACAACUUACCGUUGUGCUACGUUUGGAACUUGAUGCACCCAGUAAAAGGAAAAACGGACUGUUCUUUCUGAUCUAUGUGACCAAUAUCUCAUCAUCCCAUCUGCUGCGUGAGUUUCUUUAAGCUACGAGUUACCUCCGACCAGAUUUGUGACCACCCUGUGGAUUUGCCAGUCAUUAUUUUACACAUCCAGAACGGUUAUCUCAUCUCUACAAUUGCCUCAUCGUUGUGCGAAUUUACAGCAAUGGGCAACAGUCCGUCUAUAAAAGUUCUAAAAGGCCAUGGCUACACAUUAGUGAGUAAAGAAAAGAACAAGAUGCUGGUGAAAAAUGAAGCUGGGGACCUGUUUGUCGUUAAAAUAUUAAGCGAUAACCAGGAUGAAUUGAAUUUUCUCCUCCAGCUCAGUCAUCCACACAUUGUCCAUCAUGAGGAAAUCAUCACAGAUUCAGACUGUUUGUAUCUUCUGGUGGAACACUGUGAAGGUGGAGAUCUUGCUCAGACAAUCAAAAACACAAAGGAGGGAACAGAUAAAUUUUCUGAGAAUGAGAUUCGGAACUGGAUUGUGGAGAUCUGCAUGGCUUUGAAAUACCUGCAUGAUCAACAGAUCCUGCAUAAAAACCUGCAGCCUGAGAGCAUAUUCUUCACUUCAUUUGGAACAAUCCGUCUUGGCGAGUUUGGAGUAAUUCAUCAAUGGUCCACCGAAGAGCCAGCAGCAGAAAAUAAACCUUCAUGUGAUGCACCUGAGAUUUUGAAUGGCAAACCUUAUGAGGAGAAAACUGACAUUUGGAUGUUGGGGUGUGUCAUCUAUGAGCUGUGCAUGCUGAAGCGUCCGUUUCCAGUUGUUGGAAAGAAACGCAGAUCCUCCUAUGAAGCUCUUCCUCCGACCUUCUCUGAGGAGCUUCGUCAGCUGAUAAAAGACACACUUCAACCUGAUCCAGCAUGCCGUCCAUCUGUCAGCGAGAUCUUGACCAGACCUUUCAUCAUUAAACAUCUUCAAGAAAAGGAAUUUACAGCAAUGGGCAACAGUCCGUCUAUAAAAGUUCUAAAAGACCAUGGCUACACAUUAGUGAGUAAAGAAAAGAGCAAGAUCCUGGUGAAAAAUGAAGCUAGUGACCUGUUUGUCGUUAAAAAAUUGAGCGCUUACCAGGAUAAAUUAAAAUUUCUCCUUCAGCUCAGUCAUCCACACAUCAUUCAUCAUAAGGAAACCUUCAGAGAUUCAGACUGUUUGUAUCUUCUGGUGGAACACUGUGAAGGUGGAGAUCUUGCUCAGAAAAUCAAAAACAUAAAGGAGGGAAAAGAUACAUUUUCUGAGAAUGAGAUUCUGGACUGUAUUGUGAACAUCUGCAUGGCUUUGAAAUACCUGCAUGAUCAAAAGAUCCUGCAUAAAAACCUGCAGCCUGAGAGCAUAUUUCUCACUGCAUGUGGCACCAUCCGUCUUGGCGAGUUUGGAGUAAUUCAUCAAUGGUCCAUUGAAGAGCCAGCAGCAGAAAAUAAACCUUCAUGUGCUGCACCUGAGAUUUUGAAUAGCAAACCUUAUGAGGAGAAAACUGACAUAUGGAUGUUGGGGUGUGUCAUCUAUGAGCUGUGCAUGCUGGAGCGUGCGUUUCCUGCAAUACUCUCAGUUGAGACUGUUCAAAACAUACUCACAUCCUCCUAUGAAGCUCUUCCUCUGACCUUCUCUGAGGAUCUUCGUGAGCUGGUAGAAGACACACUUCAACCUGAUCCAGCAACCCGUCCAUCUGUCAGCGAGAUCUUGACCAGACCUUUUAUUAUUAAUCAUCUUCGAGAAAAGAACUUGCAAACUAUUAGGACUCUUUAUAGGACACUGGAGGACCUAAGAGCCCUAGGUAAUGGUUUGGAAAGAGUGCAUUUCAACACAACCGUAGGCAGUCUCACAGGAGGUGUAGUGGGAUUGGCUGGAGGAAUCACAUCUGUGGUGGGACUUAUUCUCUCUCCAUUCACUCUUGGAGCGUCUUUGAUAGUAACAGGAGUGGGAAUCGGCACGGCAGUAGCUGGAGGAGUAACUGCUAGUACCUGCAACAUAACAAACAUGGUUAACCAGCGCACAAACCGGCAAAAGAUGAAAAAGCUCUUAAAAGAGUUUCAAGAAAAGAUUAACUCCACAGUUUGCUGCAUCCAAAACUUCCAAAGAGCUGCGGAAACUUUAGAAGAACAGUUUUUCAAAAGGGAUGAUGCAUUUUCCAACGUACAACCAGGAGCAAAUGCUGGAGCUCGACUUGGACGAGGACUGGGAGGAAUUCCAGAGAUUUUCCGUGUAAUUGAAGUUGCAAAUAUUGGGAAAAUGGCAGUUCAGGCCGCAAGAGCUGUUCGUGUGGCUGAAGCGGCUACAGGAGUUUUGUCUGCACUUUUUGUAGCUGUUGAUGUCUUCUUUGUGUUUCUCGACUCUAAAGAAAUCCACAACAUCCGCCAAGAUUAUGCUUUAAGAGAGAGUCGACAAGCUUCAGCAUCCACCAGCAACCAAAGCACUGAGUCAACUGACGAGACAUCAAAUAACAGCGACACAACAAAUCUAUUGGCAGAAGAGCUGAAGUCUGAGACCAUGAAAUUUGUGACAAAAAUAAAGGAGACGACAGAGGAGCUUCAGACAAUUCUGGAUGCACUGCGAGACGCAAUGCAACCAAACAUCGACAACUAAGAAUUGUUAGUAAAGAUCGGUGUGUUCUUCAGUCAUAAAUUGAUUAUAGUUGUAGCAAAGAUUAGAUGAUGAUUACUGUAUAUUCUGGGUUUCCAUGAAAAAAAUGCUGUAUAAAAUAUUUUAUUGAUAGUAUUAAUAUUGCUUAGAGAAACUUUCUGAGAAGCUAUAACAGAAGCAUUUCAGCUUGAUGUACUCCUAUUUAAUUAUGUUAAGAAUGGAAAUUCUUGCCUUUAUUUCCUUGAUGUUUAGGAAAUCUGAAAAAAAGAAGCACCUUUUCCUGUUUUUAUAUGUUUGUGGCUGCUUAAUGUAAUUCUCUUUCACUUCUUCUAAAAUAAAUGUAUCACCAAAAUGCAAGCAGUUAUAG